AUGAAAGAGCGCCUCAAGAAUAAAUUAAACGCUGAUGAGUACUGUGCUAAUAAACUAAAGCAAUUACAAACAAACGGUGUUUCAUUUGACGAUUUAUGGGACAAAAAGCUAUACUCACUUAGCAAAAAAGGUUAUUAUGUACGAAGACUCAAAGAAAGUCUCUGGUCUAUAUUUGGAGUAAAUAGAAUUAAACUAUUUGGGGAUAAUUAUAAUGAUCCAUCUUCUGACACGUAUAUCGCGUUAAUUAUCAAGUCGGUAUUCCCUGAGAAAGAACGUACUCCUGCAAAUGCAUUAUGGGUGCAGUUAGUAUUAGAAACAAUUUUGAUGAAAAACACAAAUCUCCGAAAAUUGAAAGCGAAGCAGUCAAUUCUUGGAUCUAUACGUUAA